CUCAAAGCCCAGACACCGGGGAACGUGGAGGAGCUGAGGUGUCUGCAGGUUAUCAACAGGCAGCAGGAGAGCUCCAACCUGGAGGAGCUGAUCAGCAACCAGUCCUGCCUCAAGUUGGCCAACACCAUCAAAGCCUACGUGGCCACGGUGACGGAGGACGUUAUCCGCAGGAGCGCGGUGAAGGAGGCCCGGCGGAGCUACUUCAACACCUCGGAGGGGCAGGUGCCCUCCAAAACAGCCGGCAAACCCUCGGCACAUCUCACCCUCCGCCCGCAGAGCCUGGCCCAGGAUGGCAACUCCAAGCGCUUUGGGAACCUCUCCCAGUCCUGCCGCCACGCCAUCGCCCGCUGGGAGGACAGCACCAUCCACUCACACCUGCAGAACAUCACCUACCGAGAUGGUCGCCUGCGAGUCAACCAGGCGGGCAAGUACUAUGUCUACUCCCAGAUCUACUUCCGCUACCCCAGCGACGGGGCCAGCGCCCAAGUCUCCGUCCCCCAGCUCGUGCAGUGCAUCAACUGGAAGACCUCCUACAGCCAACCCAUCCUCCUGCUCAAAGGGGUGGGCACCAAGUGCUGGGCACCUGAGGCAGACUAUGGCCUCCACGCUCUCUACCAGGGGGGACUCUUUGAGCUGAAGGCCGGUGACGAGCUCUUUGUCUCUGUCUCCUCCUUGGCCAUCGACUACAACGAUGCAGCUGCCAGUUACUUUGGGGCUUUCCGGCUCGACCUGUGACAGCCACCACCACCUCCCACCUUCCUGCU